AUGAAGGCGCAUUUUUCUCUGAAGAGGCAAUUGAGACCGAUACUUACACAUGGGACGCCAAGAAUACAAGACAGGCGUUUAUAUACACAGUGUAAUGGAUCUAUAAUUGAGACCGACAUGGAUACCUUUGAGGUUAUCAGGGAUAUUCCAUUUGAACGCGUCAGCUGCUUUGAUGUACAAGAAGGAAUGCUAGUAGUGUGUAAUGAAAGCAUAAAAGUAUAUGAUCUUGCACGUGGAGAGGUAAAGGAUACGGUUUGCACAUCUAAGGCAGAAGUAUGUGCGAUGUAUAUUGAUGUCAUUGAAGGAAUUGGAUCACAGAGCGAAAGGAUCAUGGUGGUUGUUGGGAGGAUAGAUGGUAGUGUUUCAAAAGUUGAUGUGGGAAAUAAAAAGGUGGUGUGGUCAUAUAGAAUGGCAAAUAUCAUAUUUAUGCUUGGGAAGGCUGGUGAUGUAAUUUAUUCGUUGGAUUGCAAUGAGAUGUGGAUAAGCAAUGAUGGAAAGAUACAGAGGAAGUGUGAAGAGCCGGAAAUAAUUGGAGUUGCAUACAACAAAGGAAUUUUGUACAGUGUUACAAGGCAAGGGAUACUGACGAAGUGGGAAAAUGUACCUAAGAGAGUGGAUUUAGGAAUUGAAUGUGAUAGGAUGGCAGGAGAUGAGAAGCAUGUAUAUGUUUGCAAGGGGAUGAGUAUGUAUGUAUAUGAUUAUGAUGGGAAGUUUAAAAUUAAGCGAGAUAUUUUGACCGGUGAGGAUGAUGGAGAAGCGAGAUGCUCAAAGCUCAGAGGAGAAGAAAUGAGCUUAGACGAUGACAGUGGAAUGCAUAUGACACCAUCGAGCUCUAUGAAUGUAAAUGGAUUUUAUGAAGAAAGUGAAGACUGUUAUGAGGACGAGAGUGGCUCUGAGGAAGGAAAUAAAACAAGACACGAGGUAAAGAAAAUAAAGACGACAUAUGAUAUGAGGGAUAGUGUGGAAGGAGAAAGUGAUGAUGAGGAUGGCAUGGCAAUUGAAAGUAUAGGGAAAGGUGUGAUUGUUAGUAGUGAGCAGGAGAUAUUUUUUGUCGAUGAUGAAAUGAAAACAAUUGCAAGUGUAAUUGGAAACAAUGAUGAAAUAACGGACCUGAAGCAAUGGAAUGACGUAUUGUUUGUCGCAACAAACAGUGGACGACUUAGAUAUGCAGUUGUGGAUGAGCGUAGUGGAGAAUAUGCGUUUUGUGCGGAGAUUGUUGUAGCACACCAGGAUGCAAUAAUAUCAUUGUCUGUUUAUGGUGACUUUCUUAUGAGUGUGUCGAAGGACAAGACGGCGAUUUUGUGGCAUAUUGAGCCUGAAUUUAAUAGCAACAAAACUAACAAGACGGUUAACUUGCGAAGGAUGAAGACACUGAGAAACAGUUUGAGUGAGCUUAAUGGAUGCUGCUUGGGAAGCAAUAUUUUUGUGAUUGUAGGAAGUGAUCAAAUUCUUCAGAUAUGGGAUUAUAAGGAAAAUGUAUAUGUGGGAAAGAUUCAUGACAAGGAGAUAAAUGGAGUUGCGAUGAAUGAACAAAGAAGAUUGAUAGCGACAUGCUCACAGGAUAAGACCGCGAAGAUUUUAGAUUUUGAAGGAAGAGUUCUUCAUGUGUUGUUAGGACAUACAAAGGGGAUUUGGAGCGUAAGCUUUGGACAAGGCUUGAUUGCAACAUGCUCUGCAGAUAGCACAAUAAGGCUUUGGGAGAUGGAUACGUUUUCUUGUGUAGGGACUCUUAGUGGACAUAAAAGCGGGGUGUUAAAGGGAGUGUUUUGCAUUAAUGGUGAGAAACUGAUAACUAGUUGUGCAACAGGAGAGAUUAAAGUGUGGGAUAUCAAGAAAAAGGUAUGUGAGAUGAAUAUUGGAGUACAUCGAGAUAAGGUGUGGGCAAUGAUGAGCACUACAAGGCUUAUUAGUGGUGGAAAUGGAGCUAUUGCGUUUUUUGAAGAUGAUUCGUUGAAAGUAGCGAAUGAGGAAUUAGAGAAAAAGAAUCUAAAAGAGUCUCAGAGUAUUGAAAUAGAGAAAUGCAUACAAAACAACAUGAACAUAAGAGCGGUGGAGAUACUGUUGAGCACUGACAAUUACAGUCAGCUGUUUAAGGUACUUAUUAGGUGCUAUAGAGCAAAGGAAAGUGAGGUUUUUGAUGUGAUUGAUGGGAAGCACAAGAAGCUCUUUGAAGCGAUAUUGAAACAGGGAACAUUUAAGAACAGUGCGACAAUCCAUUGGCUUAUUGAAGAAGGUCUCCGAAGGAAAUGGAGCAUAAGUAAAGAGUUAAUAAACAAGAUGUAUCUGCUUACAGAGAAGCACUCGCUGUUGAUUGAUGAGAUAUACUCGCAUCUUCUUGGAUUUACUGCUCUGAGGUAA